ACAUAAAUCUGACCAACAGCACAAGCAUCUCAAUUUGAAUCCACAAAGUUUUGGAUAAUGAAAAGAAAUACAUAAUCUUAAUUCAACCCAAGUGUUUUCCAAGCAGAUUAUAUUUGCUUAAAUUGCUACAGUAAUUCAAGGACAGCCCUGUCUGGACACACAGUUACUGUGGAUUUUUAAGAGACUCAGUUAAAGAAUUUAGGAAUAUCUGAUUCAAUUUACAGGAUUUGCAAAUUCAUCAACCCCUGAAAACUAAAGCAAACUUAACAGGACAAAAAAAGGAACAUGGGCUUUUUAAGUCUAGCACAUGUCCUUUUCUUCUUUUUUGGAGUCAAAGUAUAUUGCCAAUAUGAAAAUUAUCAAUGGGAUGAAGAUUAUGAUCAAGACCCAGAUGAUGUCUACCAACCAGAAUUCCAAUUUCAUCAAAAUGAGGACUUUCAAGUUCCUUUUCAUCAGUAUAUGUUAGGCUGUGCCACUGAAUGCUUCUGUCCACCCAAUUUUCCAUCAUCAAUGUAUUGUGACAAUCGCAAACUCAAGACUAUCCCACGUGUCCCAGCACACAUACAGCAGGUCUACCUUCAAUUCAAUGAAAUUGAGGCUGUGACUGCGGAUUCAUUCAUCAACGCAACUCAUCUCAAAGAAAUCAACCUCAGCCACAACAAAAUUACAUCGCAAAAGAUUGAUCAUGGUGUGUUUGCUAAGUUGUCAAAUCUACUACAACUUCACCUACAGCAUAACAAUUUAGAAGAAUUUCCAUUUCCUCUCCCUAAGUCUUUGGAGAGACUUCUUCUUGGCUAUAAUGAGAUCUCCAGAUUGCAGACAAAUGCCAUGGAUGGGCUAGUAAACUUGACAAUGCUUGAUCUCUGUUACAAUCAUCUCGAGGAUUCCAUGUUACAAGAAAAUGUACUUGCCAAAAUGGAAAAAUUAAUGCAGCUCAACCUAUGUAAUAACAGAUUAGAGUCAAUGCCUCCUGGUCUGCCUUCUUCACUUAUGUAUCUGUCUUUGGAAAAUAAUUCAAUUUCUGCUAUACCAGAAAAUUACUUCAAAAAACUUCCCAAACUCCAGGCUCUACGAAUGUCACACAACAAACUACAAGAUAUCCCACAUGAUAUUUUUAAUCUUCCCAACCUUAUAGAGCUCAAUGUUGGACACAACAAACUGAAGCAAGCAUUCUAUAUUCCAAGAAAUUUACAACACCUAUACCUAGAAAAUAAUGAAAUUGAAAAUAUCAAUGUUACAGUGAUGUGUCCGUCUGUUGACCCACUGUAUUACCACCACUUAACGUACAUCCGUAUGGACCAAAAUAAGCUGAAAGAGCCAAUAAGCUCAUACGUUUCCCUCUGCUUUCCUAAUUUACACACUAUUUAUUAUGGUGAGCAAAGAAGCGCUAAUGGGCAAACAAUACAACUGAAGACUCAAGUUUUCAGGAGAUUUCCGGAUGAUCCUGAUAGUGAAGAACAUGAAGAUCACCAAGAAGGUCCAGAACAAGAAGAAACAGAAGAAAACACUGACCCUCUCUAUUACGGAAGUUAAGAAUGGCAAGAAACUAUAUAGGUAUAUAUUUAUGAUUGUAUACAAUGGUAUUAUUCAGUAUUAAUUGAACUAAACAUGGAAGGCUCACAGUAAUAUAUCUAGAAUCAUGCAUUAGUAUAAGAUCAGACUGAAUUUAAGUUGUUGGUAACACUUGCAUCAUUACACAGUAUUCAAACUUACUUAAAAUUACACAAGUCUUUAGAAAUAUAAAUUAGAAUGACAUGGGAAUAAAAAACUAAACUUUAAAAAUAACAGUAUUAUCAGGCUGAGGAGAAAAGAAAGUAUGCCAUCUCUAGUGAUAUUAACUGUUGUAAGAGUGACGAAAACAGCAGCACUAGAAGCCAAGAACUGGAAGAGGCCAGCGCUGAGAUGCCCGGGCUUAUGUUCAUGUAACGGGCAGUCAUUCACUCAGGAGUCCGUUAUUUUCUUUGACUUGAUCUCCAGAAAAGCAUUCACACUUGUAUGUGAAAUCUUAUCACCAUGACAUCCACCUCCCUGGCCCUACCACUGAGAGCAAGAGAGGAUGCUUCUGAUUUUCAAAAGAGGCCAUUCUGCUACAGAUCCAAGACUUGUAGUUUCACGAAAUCAACUGGUCUUUGUUUUUCUCCCAGAGCACCAAAGCCACACAAUUCUAAAACAUGUAUUUGGAUAACUAAAAAAAA